CACACGAUUUCAGUUGAUAGUUUGAGGCCCAGCAAAAGUAACUCAGAGGAAAUAUACCAAGUCUUCUAAGUUCAUUUUUAAAAACCUUUUGCUAAGGAUAAUUUUUGAUUUUAAGUGUGCUGAAGGAGUGACACCUGUUAUGGCUUUAAAGCUAAGAGUUGCCAUCAUUGGACAGAGCAAUUUUGCUGCAGAAGUUUUAGAGCUGCUGUUGGAGCAAUCGAAUAUCCAGAUUGUUGGAGUCUUUACUAUUCCUGACAAGGGCAGCCGUGAGGACAUUUUGGCUACCACUGCCGCCAUCCACAAAAUACCUGUGUUUAAGUUUGCAAUCUGGCGUCGCAAAGGAGUGGCUCUGCCCGAUGUCUUGGAACAAUACAAGUCGGUGGGCGCUACCCUAAAUGUUUUACCCUUUUGCUCGCAAUUUAUUCCCAUGGAGGUGAUUGACGGUGCACCACUUGGCAGCAUCUGCUACCACCCAUCCAUACUGCCACGCCACCGCGGAGCCAGUGCAAUAUCAUGGACACUGAUCGAGGGCGACGAGGUGGCCGGAUUCAGUAUCUUCUGGGCGGACGAUGGUCUGGACACCGGGCCUCUGUUGCUGACCCGGCAGACGAACCUAGAACCCACGGACACGCUAGACACUAUAUACAAGCGCUUUCUGUAUCCCGAAGGUGUAAAGGCCAUGGGUGUCGCCGUGGACAUGGUGGCCAGAGGAACAGCGCCUAAAAUUAUCCAGACGGAGGUGGGAGCCACUUAUGACCCCGCCAUGUUCAAGUCGGAAAACCAGGUGAUCAACCUGAAUAACUCCGCAUUAAAAAUUUGGAACUUUGUCCGGGGACUUGACUCAGUUCCUGGAGCCAUUGCCACUGUAGUACAGGAGGAUGGCACAGAGGAACAGAUUCGUCUAUUUGGAGCUCAUCUGUACACCGCAGGACCUAUUUCAAAUGGACAGGCCCUGCAUUUAAAGGGUCUGACCAAGCCGGCCUGGAUCCACAGUGGUGGUCUUCUAAUCGAGGGAACCGACGGUGAAUUCGUCAACAUUCGCCGCAUCAAGCGUGGCUCCAAGGUGAUUAGUGCGAGCGAAUGGUUCAAACAGACCGCACUGCAGCCUAUCACUGAUUUCAGCGAGGUUGAGUUGGCUAAACAAACAUUGCUAGCCGAAAUUUGGCAAGCGAUACUCAAGGAACAAAUCGAGUCCUCGACCGAUUUUUUUGCAGCUGGCGCAGGCUCAAUGGAUGUAGUUCGUUUAGUAGAGGAGGUCAAAGAAGCAUUUGAUGUGCCGCUGGACAACGAGCAUGUUUUCAUGGCACCUGUAUUUGAAGAGUUCUUUGGCCAGCUGGUGAAGAUUCUUCGCCAGGGCAGCGAAGGUUCCGGUGACCAGCUGGUAAACUUUGAGGGAUUCACACUGAGAGCCAACAAAAGGGAGAUCCGAGUGCCCACGCAACUAUUUAUCAACGGCGAGUUUGUCGACGCAGAAGCGCAACGCACUUUAGACAUUGUUAAUCCGACCAAUGAGGAAGUGAUCUGCAAGGUGGCCUGCGCUUCCGCUGGCGAUGUGAACAAGGCAGUGCAGGCAGCGCAUUCUGCUUUUUAUGGUUCGUGGAAGCAAGUCACGGCCAGGCAACGAGGCCAGCUAAUGCUUAAACUGGCCGAUCUCAUGGAGCUGCAUAAGGAGGAGCUGGCUACCAUUGAGUCGGUAGACUCUGGGGCCGUUUACACGCUAGCCCUUAAGACCCACGUGGGCAUGUCCAUUGACGCGUGGCGCUAUUUUGCGGGAUGGUGCGACAAAAUUCAUGGUAGCACGAUCCCCGUAAACCCCGCGAGACCGAAUAACGUCCUGACCUUCACCCGCAAGGAGCCAAUAGGAGUCUGCGGGCUAAUCACGCCCUGGAACUACCCUUUGAUGAUGCUCUCAUGGAAAAUGGCCGCUUGCAUUGCGGCGGGAAAUACAUGUCUAAUCAAACCCGCCCAGACCUGCCCACUAACCGCCCUAAAGUUUGCCGAGCUGGCUGUCCGAGCCGGAUUUCCACCAGGCGUAAUCAAUGUUCUGCCAGGUAAAGGAUCAGAUGCAGGCCAGGCAGUGGCCGAUCAUAAACUGGUCCGGAAGCUUGGUUUCACAGGAUCCACGCCCGUUGGCCAGCACAUAAUGAAGUCCUGUGCAGACUCGAACCUCAAAAAGUGCUCCCUGGAGUUGGGUGGUAAGAGUCCGCUGAUCAUAUUCGCUGAUUGUGAUAUGGAUAAAGCAGUGAAACACGGCAUGUCUUCGGUAUUCUUUAAUAAGGGAGAAAACUGCAUCGCCGCUGGCCGGCUUUUUGUGGAGGAUCGGAUCCAUGACGAAUUUGUCCGACGCGUCCUCAAGAAUCUGCGCACAAUGACCAUCGGGGACCCACUCAACCGGUCAACGGCUCACGGGCCUCAGAACCACAAGGCCCACUUUGAAAAGCUGUUGGAGUUCUGCCAACGAGGCGUCGCCGAAGGCGCGAAACUAGUUUACGGAGGGGGACGCGUUCCGAAUCUCAAAGGAUAUUUCUUCACUCCCACAGUGUUCACGAAUGUCACGGACGAAAUGUUUAUAGCGCAGGAGGAGUCUUUUGGACCCAUCAUGAUCAUAUCCAAGUUCAAUGGCAGCGACAUAGACUCCUUGAUGCAGCGGGCCAAUCGCACGGAGUACGGCCUUGCCAGUGGCGUCUUCACUAAGGACAUCGGCAAGGCGCUGAGCUUUGCAGAUCGCAUAGAGGCCGGCACUGUGUUCAUCAACGUAUACAACAAAACGGACGUGGCCGCGCCGUUCGGGGGAUUCAAGCAAAGCGGGUAUGGCAAGGACCUGGGGCAAGAGGCGCUGAACGAGUAUCUCAAAACCAAGUGCGUGACAGUUGAAUAUUAAAAGACUAAGGUUACGAAGACAAAUUUGAAUCGGAUAAGGGUUUCUGCAAAGGAUGAUAAGACUUUCUUUUUUUAUUUUAUAUAUAUGUAUGUAUGAACGUAUUAAACAACCUAAAUACAAGCUUCCUUUCGUUUGAAAA